UCCUAUUCCAUGCAGCUCUACCUCCGCCAAGUGUGGUUCGACCCCCGGCUGCGCUUCAACAAGACGGACCUUGGGAAGCGGGAAUUUUCAAUGAACUGGAUGUUCGCCGCUCGCCUGUGGAAACCGGAUACCUUUUUCAUCAACGGGAAAAAUUCCUACGCCCACAAGAUCACCGCGCCCAACACCUUUAUCAGAUUGCAACACGACGGGCAGAUCACGUGGUCGCUAAGAUUAACGGUUCGAGCCAGCUGUAAAAUGCACCUUCGGAAGUUCCCUUUGGACACUCAGCUGUGUCCUCUUAGCUUAGCGUCUUACGGGUAUAACGCCACAGACAUAGUGUACAAGUGGGCGCCCCAACUGGUGACCGUCGACAGCGACGUUAGUAUCGCCCAGUAUGAGUUGGUGAAAAUUACGACCAAUUCAACCAAAGUCACCGUCAGGAGAAAAGAAAAUAGGGAACCAGAGGAGAUCUCAAUUCUCAGCGUGAAAUUCCACCUGAAGAGGCUGACCGGCUUCUUCCUCCUACAAGUAUACGUCCCGUGUAUCCUGAUCGUGUGCUGUUCGUGGGUCGCCUUCUGGAUCACGAAGAAGGACGUUCCAGGACGCGUCUGUCUCGGUGCAACAACAGUGCUUUCACUAACCAAGAUCGGUUUCGGAGGCAAGACGUCCAUGCCCAAAGUAUCGUACCCGACGUCCUUAGAUUACUUCGUGAUCCUGUGCUUUACUUUCGUCUUCGGGGCCAUCGUGGAGUACACCAUGAUGCACUUCCUCGAGAGGUCGACUAACAAGCGUCGCAAGGCCAUGGAGCAGCACCAGAAGGAGGUUGAGGAGAGAACUCGAACGUCCGAGGUCCAGGGACAGCAAAGGGCCGCCGAGAAGGACGCCACGAUGAUGGUGACGACGACGGUCAAGGAGGACGGCGUGGACAUCGGCUCGUCGCUGCGGGAGACGCUGAAGGUGCCGCUGACGGUGGUGCCCCUCGGCGUGAGCGCCAUCGACGAGGAGCAGGAGGACGAGGGCGGCGCCAAGCAGGCGGGCUCGCCCACGUCAUCGAGGGCGGGCGACGGGUCGCCACUCGACACCAAGUCCCCGCUGAAGGAGGCGCUGAAGCUGCCGCUGAGCGUGGUGCCGGGGAGCCUGGAGGCCGUGAGGGAGGGCGGCGAGGGAGACAGCGACGGGCUGCGGGCGCGCAACGUGUCGGCGGCCAAGCGGGAGGGCGAGGAUCCCGACAGCGGGGCCGAAGGCGACCGCAGCGUGGUGAGCGCGGAGGCUGACGCGGCGCCGGCGGUGCGCCCGGGCGAGGGCUGGGUGUCAGCCAGCGACAGCUGCAGCGUCAGCAGCAAGAGCAGUCUGUUCCGGCUGCGGAAGGACGCGUCGGCGGCCGCCAAGAAGGAGCGGCUGGACAGCGAGAGCGACCUGACGGUGAUCAAGGUGGACAUCCAGGCGGACGAGGAGGAGGAGGAGCCGCCGCCGCCGCGCCCCUACACCGUGUGGCAGAUCCUGACGUGGAAGCGGAAGCUCAUGGCCGAGAUGUCGCCGGCCAACGUCAUCCCGUCGGAGGAGGACGUCCUCGACCGCUUCUCCGUCAUCGACCUGUACGCCCGCAGGAUUUUCCCGACGGCGUUCUUCAUCCUGUUCACCGUGUACUGGGUCAUGUUCAAUUAUUACAUAACGGACGAGUUCCCCCACGAAACCAAAGAGCCCUCGGACGGCCUCGUGGUCGUGUAGAAAACGGGAAGAGAAGCCGGAACUAAUGCUCACGGCUGAGAAACAAAGAGAGAAAAAAGGAGAAGAAAUGAAAGAAUUCGUUUUGAAAAGAGAGAAAGAGAGAGAGA